UAAGGAAAACAAAUCUCAUUUCCGGUCAGCAUUACAGGGAAGGCGUUCGACAUUUUCAGUUUUAAAAAAAUUUUGCUCUAAAUCGUAAUACAACAACCAAAACUAAAAAGUCGGUAUAUCACUAAAAUAUCGAAGUAAUAUUUAAGUGAAUCUCAGUGGAAACUAUAUAGAGAUAAAAGCUCUCUCUUCUCUCUUACAGUUUGCAUAUCGCUGUUUGCUUGCUUUUUACGCUUUGACAGUUCGCGCUAGAGCAUCAAGUCACUUUGAGUCGAGAUAUGGAGCCAAACAAGGGGAAGACCGCUGGGCCGAGCACAUCAAAGCCGAGGUCCAAGACAUUUUGUACUCUGGAGCAACUACGCACUUGGGUCGUGAACAGCCCAUUGGCCGACAAGUGUCUGAUUAUCCAUAUGACCAAUGAUCUGGACGAGAUUAUCAAUGGCUUGGAGGCGGUGCGCAGAUCGGAGCGCGACUGGGAUGACGACAAGCUGCGCGCACUGUUUGUCACUGUUUCCAUGGUGUUCCUGUGUUCUGGCCCAGUCGAGAUGAAGAAGAAUAUGCGCGGCCUGAUCCAUCGUGUACUGGGCAUGAUGGAUACCACGACUCCAUUGGGCGUGCAUUGCCAUGUCGAAUAUUUGCUGGAUGAGCUGAGGAGAGUGGGCGCCUGCAUCGAGGUGAAUCAGCUUCACCUGGCUCUGGCCCUAAUGCGUGCCAAUGAGGAUGCCUUGCCGGUCGGCGUUUGCAUUCUCUGGGCGGUGAUUGGGCGCAUCCUGACCAUGGAUAUUUCGAUGCAUCGCUUUCGCGAAUUCAAGGAGCUGGCCGAGGCAAUAGGAACGGAGGUGCUGUUUGACGUUGCCAAAAUGGACUCCAUCCAGUUGGGCGAGCUGAGUGUGCUAUUGGAGUCGGUCAAUCGCAUCUUUCAGCUGGUGGUGCUCACCGACAAUGAGCAGCUCAAGGAGGCCGGCUAUCCGGAUUACUUCUUUAAGAUGCGUCACGUCGAUAUUGACUCCAUGCUCGGCUGGGCAGGCAAUGUAAUUUGUCAGAUCCAUCCCGAUGACCAUUGGACUAAUCUGGUUGGAAUGCAGUUGACUUCCAUGAUACAAAUGUUGUCUCGCAUCAAGAAGGAAAUACCGGAACUAGUCGAGGUGGAUGAGCAGGACGAUCAGGACGACUAACCUACAACCUAAACCCAUAGCAUAUACCACAUUCAAGUACUAUAUCCGAAUACGCCUCAGCUACAAACGAAACAGCAUUAAUAAUGUGAUGAAUACCCACACCCGUAUCAAUCAAUUUAUAUAUACAUAUAUCUAUAUAUUUGUAUUAAUAUAAAUGUAUACCUAUGUAUGUAUAAAUUGAUACACAUAUAUAGAUCUUUUCUGAGAAUAAAUAUCAAACAUGUUAGCCGACUACUUACGGCUCCAUUA